AUGGACUGGGAUCAGAUCCAGGACCAGAUCCAGGACCAGACCCAGGACCGGGGUCAGAACCAGGACCAGGAGUCCAGCAGGACCAAAGCGGACUCUUCCUCCGCUGGUCUGCAGAAACAUGAAGCCAAAGAGAGAACCACAAGUUACUGCUGUGAUAGGAGGGAUAAAGUCCUCACCACUGCACCAGGUCUGAAGGUCCGAAAGAGGAUUCACACUGAAGAGAAGCUGUACAGCUGUGAUCAGUGUGGGCGAGCUUUUACCACAUCAACUAUUUUAAAGUGUCAUCAGCGUAUUCACACCGGAGAGAAGCCGUACAGAUGUGAUCAGUGUGGUGUGGCCUUUACCAUGUCAGGUCAUCUAAGGAGUCAUCAGCGUAUUCACACUGGAAGUAAGCCUUACAGAUGUGAUCAGUGUGGUGUGGCUUUUACCACGUCAGGUAAUCUAAGGAGGCACCAACGUAUUCACACUGGAUAUAAACCGUACAAAUGUGAUCAGUGUGGGGCAGCUUUUACCCAACAAGGUGAUCUAAGGAAUCAUCAGCGUAUUCACACUGGAGAUAAGCCUUACAGAUGUGAUCAGUGUGAGGCAGCUUUUAACCGACAAGGUAGUCUAAGGAGUCAUCAGCGUAUUCACACUGGAGAGAAGCCGUACAAAUGUGAUCAGUGUGGGGCAGCUUUUACCCGACAAGGUGAUCUAAGUAGUCAUCAGCGUAUUCACACUGGGGAUAAGCCGUACAGAUGUGAUCAGUGUGGGGCAGCUUUCACCACAUCAAGUAAUUUAAGAUCCCAUCAGCGUGUUCACACUGGAGAUAAACCGUACAAAUGUGAUUAUUGUGGGGCAGCUUUUACCCAACAAGGUGAUCUAAGGAGUCAUCAGCGUAUUCACACUGGAGAGAAGCCUUACAGAUGUGAUCAGUGUGGGGCAGCUUUUAACCGACAAGGUGAUCUAAGGUGUCAUCAGCGUUUUCACAAUGGAGAGAAGCCGUACAGAUGUGAUCUGUGUGGGGCAGCUUUUACCCAACAAGGUGAUCUAAGGCGUCAUCAGCGUAUUCACACUGGAGAUAAACCGUACACAUGUGAUCAGUGUGGGGCAGCUUUUACCGAACAAAGUAGUCUAAGGAGUCAUCACCGUAUUCACACUGGGGAUAAGCCUUACAGAUGUGAUCAGUGUGGGGCAGCUUUCACCAAAUCAAGUAAUUUAAGAUCCCACCAGCGUAUUCACACUGGAGAUAAAACAUACAAAUGUGAUCAGUGUGGGGCAGCUUUUACCCAACAAGGUAAUCUAAGGAGCCAUCAGCGUAUUCACACUGGAAAUAUUUAAUAUUUCCAGUGUUAUAUUUAUAUAAUUGCAAGAGAAAGAAGAAAGUCAGAACACGGUUACCUAUGCACAGCAAAGAGAUUGAAAAUGCAUAGUUCUUGAGGGCGCUAUAGAGCAUGGUAUGGUGUAGAUGCAAUUUCCUUGAGCUCCCUUCCAAUACGUUGAGAUUCAAUCAAUAUAACAAUUUUUCAAUAACUUGUACCCGCUAAAAAAUUGUGCAUUACACUUACCUAUUGCAUGUGCACACAUGAGUACCAGGAGAGGUCUGGAAAAGCAGUCUGGUGUUAAGAAAACACAGUCUGCAAAUCCAGCGACGGAUGCUAAUGCUAGCGCUCAAAUGGACGAUAUCCCAGAGCUAACCCCACUUGCGCCGAAAGAUAACCCCGAGACUUCCACUGUUCUCCGGGCUAUAAAUGACCUGAGCAGAAGGAUGGAUGGCCGAUUCAAUAAGCUAGAGGUGUCCCUGCAAGUUAUCCAGGUCACACUGACUGAGUACGACACUCGGUUUUCUACUGUGGAAGCGACCUGCAGCGACCACGACACGCGGCUGGACGAGUUGACACUGCAGUGGCUACAGCUGGAGGCUAGUCACAAGUUGUUCAAACUCCAAGUGCGCUCCAGAUGCCAAAAUAUAAAGGUAGUGCGUCUGCCGGAGAGAGCCGAGUGCAAAAACUCUGUGGACUUUUUGGCAAGUUUCUACGUGAUCUGCUGGGCCCCGCUCACUUCCCCACCCCGAUCGAGGUGGACAGAGCGCACUGAAUGGGACCACUGCCGUCAGACAGGGGGGCACGUCCUCGUAUCAUAACAGCCAGGAUCAUUAUGCACUGGACAAAUGUUAAACGUGGUUUGUUUUAAACUAUGUGCCUUACCCUUAUAGAAUAUGGUGCUUUAUUGUCUGGGUUUUCACCAUUGAGUAACAUUAAGCACUGAGCUGAUGUUAAACUCAUGCCGUGUUUCUUUACAACAUUCCACAUCAAUGUUUGGGUAUGUUUUUUUUUUUCUAUUCACGAAACUGAUAUGUUUCGAAUGUUAUUUACUACUUGUUAUUGGAGGGGAUACCACAUUAAGUUAGACAACUAGUGGUAUUGCUGUUUAGUGGUUAGACUUUUAGCUACCAUAGUGACAUAGGACCCUACAGGACGGUAUGUUAGGACCUUUUCUCUCGCUUUGUUUAGGAAAGUGGGAGUUUUGGGCUGGGUAAAUGUAUGUUCACUUGUGGCGCUUUUGCACUAGUCCCGCUUCCGCCCGGGUCGGCUCGUCGCGGCUCCACCCGUUUUGUCCUCGUUUGUUUUUCCACAGCCAGGUGAGAAGUGGGCAGGUUGGGGUGAAGCUGCUGUGACGUACUCGAUUGCGCAACACCUUUGUUUGUGUCGGCGCAGAUGAGAAAUCAGCUGGAGCCGCGAGCGGCUGAGAAAAAAACAGCCCGUCUACAUCCCUUUUUUAAUUUUCUCGACAGCCACCAGGUUUAUGAACAUCUGCACCUCAGAGUUGGAUCACCAAACAGACGUUUGUGCUGUAUAAUAAAAUCGCUGCGAGCCGCGAGUCGCCUCGCGCUGACUCCCGCUUCCUGAUUCAAACGUUUGACGGCCCCGCCCCCCGACCAAUCGGUGGCGAGGAGGGUGGUGACCUCAGAAAUAGUCCCAGCUCAGCCCGGUAAGAACCUCGCCAGAAUGGUUACAGAAAAUGUAUCUGCUUGGAGCGGCUUUACCCGUCUCAGCCCUAGUGCAAAAGCGCAAAACGGGGCCGUGGCGGGUAGAACCGAGGUGAAGCGGGACUAGUGCAAAAGGGCCAUUGGUGUGGGUCUUUUUUUUUUUUGCGUUUAUGGUGUUUUCAUGUUUGGGGCAUUUUAUACUGUCACUGUCUGCAUAACACAGGUUACACCUUUUUAUGGCACCUAGAAACAGAGAUGAGGGUAUCAAUUUGGUCAGCUGGAAUGUUCGUGGUCUAGGUCAUUCAAUUAAGCGUGCUAAUGUGUUUUCACAUCUUAACUGCUGUUGGGCUACUGUUCAUGUGCUCAUGUGAACUCUGAACUUAUGAAGGCUCAUAGACAUUUUGUGAAUGAGUAUUUGACUUUAAAAACGGCUCAACCCGAAAUCAGCUUUAAUUUUCCUCCUAAAAUGGCCGCCUUGAAAAACUACUAGGACCAGCGUGCCUUGGGGGGGGGGGUCGGCGCCUGAAGAGGCACGCGUCCAAUCACUGGGCUGGCACUGGAUACGUCACGCAGCGCGUUGAGGACAAAUCUCCGCUUCUCCCACAUCUUUUUCUCUUCCUCUCAACCUUUCAUCUGAGCAGUUGGUCCGCUCUUGGCUCCGUGCCAAAGGGACGUCGGACCAGGCCGACCUUCCCCCCCCAAAGGGAGGGGGGGGGGAUCCGAGGCGCACCCGCAUCGGGACGGGCCUGGGGAUCCGCACGCUGAAGCUGCGGCCCCGGAGCACGGCAGCGCUCCAGCUCUCUCUAUUUCUUAAUAACUUUCCUCUGAGCUCUUUUUCCCAGGAGGGUCCAAUCCUCCGGCAGCGCAUCCACAUCAGCUCGAGAGCUAGAUUCUCCCGCGUCCAUGAGCUCGCGCCUCGGUGAUGAAACGGGGGCGGCCCUAAUUACAGUGGACUGUCCCGCACCAGGAGGCCACGUCAAGAGGCUCCGUAGAUCCGGAGAGAUCUACCCGGCUGUUGCACCGUGCAAGGCAUAGGACAGAGGAACCGAGCCGCAUGGUGGAGCCGAGCCGAACCGAAGCUCUCCUACACCGUAAAGCCCCCGCAGAAACCUGAUCACCCCCGACAGAGCCCGCAGCCCAGAUCCGAAACCGAGGAAGCGUGAGGUUUUAUGGUUCUGGGGAUCAGUGUAAUCUAGAGCAGUUCAGAGCUAAAUUUGUGUUUAAUGAAGUUACUGUUCGUAUUACUGUGCAACGCCGGCAACUAACGGCAUCAUUAUCAUCAUUAUUGUGUUAGUUUAUUUUGUGGCGCAAUUCUUCGCCAGUUAUUCACGUUUUAAACGCUGUGUUUGUCAUCCCGUCUGAUUGCACGUGGCGUGGCGAGGGCCCCGCCAUCUUUAAAUAAUACAGCCAAUUUUGGCCGGCCACGUGCAACCACGUUGUUUAUUAUUGUUUUUGAUUUCUUUUCAUUCAUGCAGUUUCAUUUUUAUUUUUAUUGUUUUUGUUUUUCUUGUUAGUUAAUAGUUUUAUGUUUUAACUAGUGUGCCAUCAGGAUUUAUUCAAUGGUGUCGCCUUUCCA